GCACGCACACGAGGCCUUCAGCGAUAGCGAAUGUCACAACUGAAGACACAAAUCUGUCGAGCCAGCCACUCAGUCCCUCACCUCACACACACACGCAGGCCCCUUUUCCCUUGAGCUGACAUCCAUUCAUACAACACAUACGCAAUACACCCACGCACAGCUGACUCCCUGUCCCCCUCUCCCUCCCAUCCCCUCUCAACCCCACUUGAGUCACUCAGUCAGGCGGCCCGGCGCGCCCGUCCAACGCGCCGCGCUCUCGCGUUGAGCCGCCUCUUCGGGAACGACAAACGUCUGUAGCCAAAAAUCUGCCCCUGCCAGUGCAGCAGAUAGCUCCUGAGGCCCUGCAUCGCCUCUAGCGUCAGCAGGGCCGUCCGAGACUUCUUGACGGGCGGCUGCUUCGCCGUGUCUCGUCGGACGGAGGCCCCCGACAGCGGCCUCUUUCUGCCCGUCAGGUCAUCUUGGUCGUGUGUGUGCUUGAGCGUGGCUACGGGUGGGGGGCUGUUGCCCGUGGGCCUUGUGUGGGGGGCGGGGAGUGUGCGAGAGACGGCAGCAUCCUUGGCGAGCGAUGGGCUCGACCACAGUGACACCCGGCGCAGUACGUCAGCGGCAUUGGCGGUCGGGGAACAGUGUGGGAUGGGCCUUUUCUCCAGGUAGUCCGAGUCCCUUGGCCAAAACCUGAGAGGGAGAUCCAGACAGACACACACAGACACACACACAGCCAGACACACGGGCACACAGAUGAAUGGGAAGCGGUCGGUAUGGUGUGAUAUGUCCGCCACAUACGUGCAUGUCCUUGGGGCAGUUUGUGUCGGCGUGCAGCUGCAGCACGGUCUUCUGCCGGGAUUGCGAGUACCUCGUCUGGUCGCUCUGUCAACAUAAAGGGACCGCAUAUAUACGAACGAAUGACCCGCCCGACCGACACUCAUGACUGAAGGGGGGUGCGGGUGCGUACCAUGGUGAAGUUCUCCCACGGUUCCUUCGCCAGCGUGUCCAAAUGGUGCCCGAGCUCCUCAUGCUCCUACACCCACACGCACAUAUAGGUUUGUGCUGUGCUGUUGGCACCGAUUCCCCCAUACCAUCAUCAGCUGUCUCUCAGAUGGCCCUUCGAGCAUCUUGACCUUACAGACCUGCAGGCAUACAUAACAAAGACGGACACAUGUGGGUGUUGUGCAUGUGUGUCGUGUGAUGCCUUACCGUCGGUUGGCCUCAAGUGCCGACGUGUCGUGGUCCUUGUCCCCGAACGACCACACACACGACACACCGACCCCCUUCUGACGCAACGCCUGGAACAGAGUCGCAAAGCAGCCACGCUGCACACACGCACACACGGACAGACAGACAGGAUUGCCCUGAUUCCAUUCGACGCGUCCCUGUGUGUGGGCCUCCUGCAUACCUUCCAUUUGCCCGGGUGGAGGUCGCCUCGGCCGGUCGCCUCGGCAUGGCUGCGGGCCGAGAUAACGGGAAUGUGGCGGCUCGUCAGGUAGGCCCUCACCCCCUGGUACCCUGCGCCAGAGUCUUCUCCAGCCUGUUACACCAAACAUGCACACCGUUUGCACUGGUGUGUGGUCUUGUUGUACAUGUGUCUGUGCGACUGACCAUUCAGGCGAUGUGUUCGAUGCGAUGCCCAGAUACCCUCGAAACAUGUUGACCCCAAACUUCAUCGCUGGGCCGCUGCCGACUGGCCGAAGUGGUCAGGCGCCGUCAAGUAAGAUGCCCCUGAGGACAAACGAUGCACCUGCACAGAGAGAAAGGGCGCUCUUGACCCAUCUGGUGUGGCACAAGGGGGCACGGUGACGCACCUGCCGUGGCGCUGGCCUUCCUGUUGGACUGACAGGGUCGCUCUCUCACAAGCGGCAAGCUUCUGGAAAGCCUCCUCCGCUGCGAGCUUCAAGUUGGCGCAUCCCCGAGGGUUUGG